AUGCAGAACAGCGACCGCAGCCUUGGCCUCGAAGGCAGUCAACAUCCCUCCAGGGGACCCCACAGGCUAGUUCCACGCCUUCAAUUUCUCGUCCUUGGUUUCCGCCACCUCCGUCGCAGGCGUCUCCCUCCCAGAAUAAGUACCGUGACCCAUCCCAUACGUCUCCCGCGGAGCACAACCAACAAGAACCAGGCUUCGGUACCAUCGCAGCCUGACGUAUGGCGACAGAGUCGUGAGUCCAUUGGAAACAACAUGCCCACGCCACCACCUGCCUAUGAUUUCCAGCCACAUGAGCGGCAGGCAUCGUAUAGUGGACCAGUGCCACCGCCACUGUUCUCGAACCGCCCUCCUUCCAAACAACGACGCUCGCCGACGACACAGUGUCGCCAGGAGGACUUGCCAUCGGCAUCAGCAUCGAUUGACUGCAAUACUGUGCGCAGCUCCUACCCAGAUCCCGAGCACAGGGACCAGACACGCUCUGACGUCCCUGUAUCGCGACCAAGCAUGCAGUAUAACCCGCCCGCAAAGUUUACUUUGAGAAAGUGUCCCUCCACGAAUUAUAACUUGAUGUGCUCCGGUAGAUGGUAUAUCUUACCUGAAGCCCCAGAAUUCCGCAUUUGCACGUACUGCUACGAGAAGAAUAUUCGGGGCUCAUCGUUGCAAGCAAGCUUCCACCCUUGGGUCUCGCCCGCCGGUGCUGGCAUACAUUGUCUCUUCAGCUCACCUCGUAUUGAAAACCAUUUAUGGCCCCGAGCCUUGCAAUCAGGCAGUGUUCAGGAGCUGUUGUGGUUCUUUCGUCAUCGCGCCGCCAUAAGAAACUGUGAUGGGACAAAAGGCGUCGGGAGAUCGGAAAACGUGAAGUGGUAUAGCCCCAAAGGCAACAGCAGACUUCCUUCUUUUAUCGCAUGUGAGGCUUGCUAUGAGGAUGUAGUCACGGGUACGGCUUUACAGGGUCAGUUCGAACAACAUCGAGAAACGCAACCGCAGGGACAAAUAUGGGCGUGUGACAUUGCUAUAGAUUUCAUUCGAAGAUUCCUCACGAAUACUCCAGCGUGGCCGCAGUUUUCUGCCGAAGCUGCACGUCAUCUGGCGCUUCCGGAAUGCGAGAAAAAUGGGGGAGUAAUGAGCGGCUCCUCACGGCAAUGGUACGAGCUUCGCGAUCGAGCCCUGGGAAUUGCUGUCUGCGAGCGCUGCUACCGCGACUUUGCGAGUAAGACCGACUUUGAAUCCCACUUCCAACCCCUGAGACAGCCGCCAAGGCAACAGCAAUGCAUUCUUGGCUUCUGGCAGGCACGGGUUAUUUGGCAUGAGGCGCUUGAGCGGAAAGACUUUUCACUAUGGCGACGCACAAUCAUAGAAUAUGUCCAAGCUCCUCCUUGUAGCUCGCAGACAAAGCCUGGUGCGCAGAUGUACCAACUUAAUCAAGGCAUCGACAACUUCGACGUCUGCCAGAGCUGCUAUGUAGGUUUCCUCAAGCCACACGGGAUAGACAUAUUCUUCAGGCGAGUUCAGCAUCCCAGGACAGUCGAAACCUCCUGUGAUCUGAAUCCUGGCAGUCUCCGGUUUUUGAGCUACGCGCCGAGACUAGAUGAGGCAUUGAUCACUUGCACAUUUUCCGGAUUUGUAGAUUUUACUAGCAGGUUAUGUAACCUUCCUCUGUGUCCGGGGAUUGAAUUGGUGACAAAUCAGAAAUGGUAUGGCACGGACGACUGCCGCAUCUGUCUCGCGUGCUACGAGGAGGUCGUUCGUGACAGCGAGCUCGCUCAACAGCUCCCCCUCUCGCCUCAAAUCAUCUCGGGUGAGAGUCACUGUGACUUAUACUCGCCUCGAAUGCGCCGCAAGUGGGCUGAGGCGUGUGACAAACGCGAUCUGGCCUCGUUUAUGGCGUUUGCCGCAUAUCGCAGGACCAUCUAUGAACAAACGGUCCCAGAAAUGCGGAAUAUUGUCUCGAUGGCGCGGUUCAACCUCGAUAUGCAAAAGAUCUUCCAUGUAUAA